GCGAAAAAGAAGCCAUGAAUAAAAAAGCCACUUCUCUUCUACUGUGUUUUCUUCUUGCUUCUAAUCUUCUCCCACUCUCUCUUCUUCCAUGUACACUCUGCUUCCAUUUUCAUGGCUUAUUUUUUCGCCGCCAAUCACCGACUGAAUUAGAUCUCCGGCAACAAAACCUACUUCAGCGACGACUCCGAUCAACAUAAUGUUGAAAAAGGAGUCGAAUAAUUGAAGGUACGGCACUGUAAAAGCUGAAGAUGCUUUUUCCCCAUUCUAUUUUCAUGAAUUCUUCAUAAAAAUAGUUGGGGAAGAAGAACUGGUUUGAUAAUGGAUAUAGGGAGAGAGAGUUCAUAUGAAGGCUACCCAGUUAAUGUUUGUUGGACUCCAUCCACCCCUGCAAAUCCAGAUGUUUCAGACCCAAAAUCAAACUGCAAAAAUGGAUCUGAAGAACAACUUGAUAUGAAUGCUGGCAUGUAUAACAGGUUUUUGAUGGAUAAUGUCUGGAAGAGCAUUCCUUGUAGUGAUCUGCUUGCACUUGCAGACGCUGCCAUCACCACAAAAGUUUCCGGUGGUGGAUGUGGCGGCAUUGGUGGCAAUGACACCAGAUUAAUCAUGCAGUUUGGGAAUCAAGAUACUGGAAGCAGCAGCAGCUUCACACAACAAUGGCAGCCUGAUGGAACCAGGUACUUAUUUGAUCUAAAUUCACCUCCAAUUGCAACAGAACAAGAAGAAUUAAUCACAAGCAUUUCUACUCAAGUAACACCAGUGACACCAAAGCAAACCAUUACAACAGAUGAAGAUAAAGAAAAACAAGAUGAAAUGAGGUUUGAUGUUGAACAAUUACAUGAUGAUGUUUGGGAAUUGGAGGUAAAUGAGGAGUUUGAAGAGGGGUCAAGUGACGAUUUUAACCUCAAGAAAACGCCACAACCGAAACAAAAAAGAAGAAAGCAUAGACCAAAAGUGGUCACAGAAGGUCGACCAAAAAUUACAAAAAAGCCAUUGGCUUCCUCCACAAAGAGGAAAUACAUCAGGAAGAUUGUGAAUGAAGCUAUUACAGUUCCAAAAACUAGGGAUUCAUGUAGGAGAAAGAUCAACUUUGAGGAAGAGGAGGAUUUGCAUACGGGAGUUUGGUCAACCGGGCAGUUGACCGGAGACACAAUACAUGGAAGUCAAACCCUGGGCCCCAUUACCCCAAACAAGUCAGAGAAACCCGAAAAGGGUAUCAAGCACACAUGGUCAAGAGCAAAACGACACAUCAGUUUUUCACAAAAAGAUGCUAGAAAUGACACCAAUGCAUGUUUUAGCAAUGGUGAAGAAGAAAGAGGAACAAAACGAGAAUUUGAGUCUUUGGAAGCAUAUUUACACUUUCCUGAAAUCUACAAGAAAAAGAGAACCACAAAGUGUCGGAGUUCCAUCACAUCAAGGGCAAUUUCGUCCAUUUGGUUUCCAAAAAACAAUAGUUUCAGCUUUCAAGCUCUUCGGUUUAAAGUUCGUGAAAGAUCAAGAGUUUACAAGCACAUGUGGGGAUUUAGUCAUGUGGGGAGUGUGAGAAAGAAGAGAAGUAAGGGUGUAAAACGGAUGCGUGAUUUGGCUUCAUUUGGUGGAAUAUGGUUGGAUCAUAAGAGAGCAUUAACAUGCAUGGAAGCUCUUUCUGCUGAUUUUGGUGUUAAUAUAGCAACAAAGAAACGAACAAAGAGAAACUCUAUUGUGUCAUCUUCAUAUCAUAACCACUACUUCCUCACAAACCAUCUAGGUUUUGGAUGGAAAACCGCAUACGAUAUCAAUUCACUCAUAAAUCAAUUCAAGAAUUUGGACAUCAACAACCAAAGGGUGGAAAAAGAUGGACAUGCACUUGUUCCAUACUUGACAAGAUUCCAAGAGAAGAAUGGAAUUGUUUUAUAUCAACAAGAUAGAAGUGUUGUUCCUUUUGAAGAUGAUUAUAAUCCAUUGAAGAGAAGAAUUCCACGCCCUAAAGUGGAUCUUGAUGAGGAAACAAGUAGAGUUUGGAGACUUUUGUUGGAAGAUAUAAACAGUGAAGGAAUAAAUGGGACAGAUGAUGAUAAGACAAAAUGGUGGGAAGAUGAAAGAAAUGUAUUCAAGGGGAGAGCAGUUUCCUUCAUUGCAAGAAUGCACCUUGUCCAAGGUGAUAGACGUUUCUCUUGUUGGAAAGGGUCAGUUGUAGACUCAGUUACAGGUGUUUUCCUUACACAAAACGUAUCAGAUCAUGCAUCAAGUUCAGCAUUCAUGUCUCUAGCUGCAAAAUACCCCUUAAAGUCAAAAAGCAUCCAUGAACCCUUUGAAGAAGACAAAUCAAUCAAACCCAUAAAAGAAUCAUGUGAUUUUGAUAUAGAAGAAUCCAUCACAUGGUAUGAACAUGAAGAAAAUCCAGAUCAAAAACUAGCUCAAGAUCUUAAUUCUAUGACCCUACAAAACUCUGAUUCAUAUGAAGAAAAAGAAGUUGUUCAUAGCAAUGAAUAUAUUGAUCAUAGUGGAAGUGAACAAAGUGGAAUAUCAACAGAAUCUACAACCCAAGAAACACAGAAUUUAAAGUUAAACAUUAUCUUUAAUCAAGAAACUCAAGAAAAUAAUUGUGAUCUACAAAAGGCUAUUUCAGAAGUCACUGAAAGCAACAACAACAACAACAACAACAACAUUGAGGAAAGUUCAAGAGGUUUGAAUGAAGAUGGAAAGCUUGUAACAAAAAAGGGUAAAACCGGAAAAGAGAAAAAGAUUAAAAUCGAUUGGGAUAGUUUGAGAAUCAAAGCAGAAAUUAAUCAUAAGAGAGAAAGAACACCAAAUAAUAUGGAUUCAUUGGAUUAUGAAGCAUUAAGAUUAGCAGAUGUUAAUGAAAUUGCUGACACUAUAAAAGACAGGGGUAUGAACAAUAUGCUUGCUGAAAGAAUUAAGGAUUUUCUGAAUCGACUUGUAAGAGACCAUGGAAGCAUAGAUCUUGAAUGGUUAAGAGAUGUUCCACCAGAUAAAUCCAAGGAGUAUCUACUGAGCUUUAGAGGUUUGGGGUUGAAAAGUGUGGAGUGUGUACGCCUACUUACACUUCAUCAUCUUGCUUUUCCAGUUGACACAAAUGUGGGGCGUAUAGCUGUAAGACUUGGAUGGGUACCCUUACAACCACUUCCCGAGUCUCUUCAGUUGCAUCUUUUAGAAUUGUAUCCGGUUUUGGAGUCUAUACAAAAAUAUUUGUGGCCACGGCUUUGUAAAUUAGACCAAAGAACUUUGUAUGAAUUACAUUAUCAGAUGAUUACUUUUGGGAAGGUUUUUUGUACAAAGAAUAAACCGAAUUGUAAUGCAUGUCCAAUGAGAGGAGAAUGCAGACAUUUUGCAAGUGCAUUUGCAAGUGCAAGGCUUUCCCUACCAGCCCCAGAGGAAAAAAGUAUAGUAACUGCAACUGAAAACAAACCACCCACCGGAAUCAUCACCCACCACCACCUACUGCCACCACCAAACCACCACCUGCCGCCAGACUCCGACAUCCAAAACCACCACCCUAUAAUCGAAGAACCAACAACACCAGAGCCAGAAAAGAUGGAAGAAUUUGAUAUGGAGGAUUUCUGUGAAGAAGAAGAAGAUUCUGAAGAAAUCCCAACAAUUAGACUUAAUAUGGAAGAGUUUACACAGAAUUUGCAGACUUAUAUGGAAAAUAAUAUGGAACUUGAAGAAGGUGACAUGUCAAGGGCAUUAGUGUCAUUAACAUCAGAAGCUGCUUCUAUUCCCACACCUAAGCUUAAAAAUGUCAGCCAGCUAAGAACAGAGCAUCAAGUAUAUGAGCUUCCAGAUUCACAUCCUCUCUUGGAAGGGCUGGACAAACGAGAGCCUGAUGAUCCUUGCUCAUACCUCCUUGCAAUUUGGACACCUGGUGAAACUGCUGAAUCGAUUCAGCCACCAGGAGGACAAUGUAGCUCUCAAGAAUCUGGUAACUUAUGUCAUAAUGAAACAUGUUUUUCAUGCAACAGCAUACGAGAAGCAAAUUCCCAAACUGUUAGAGGAACACUCUUGAUUCCAUGUCGAACUGCAAUGAGGGGGAGCUUCCCACUCAAUGGCACAUACUUUCAAGUUAAUGAGGUGUUUGCAGAUCAUGACUCUAGCCUUAACCCAAUUGAUGUUCCAAGAUCUUGGUUAUGGAAUUUACCAAGAAGAACAGUCUACUUUGGAACUUCCAUACCAACAAUAUUUAAAGGCUUGACUACAGAAGGUAUUCAAUACUGCUUCUGGAGAGGGUUUGUUUGCGUGAGGGGAUUUGAUCAGAAGACACGGGCCCCACGUCCCUUAAUGGCAAGACUACACUUCCCAGCUAGUAAAUUAUCAAGAGGAAGAAAUUAUGAAAAUUAGAUAUAAAUGGAUGGAUGCGCAUACAUUUGGUGAUUAAAAAAAAAAAAAAAAAAAAA